AUUUAAAAUGUAAAGCAAAUAUAUUUUAUACGGGAACAUUUACAAAUAUUUGUUUAAUAAGUGUUCAUUUAUUUCAUUUUAACCUUAGCAAGUGGAAAAUUGUAGAAACAAUAAUUCCACCUGCUUUAUAAUAUUAAGUGCAAUUCACUCACUCCUAUAUAUUUAUAUAUAGAUAUAUAAUAUAUAAAAUAUAUAUUUAUAUAAUCUAUGUAUGUAUAUGAACACGAAUUGUAAUCAUAAUUGUAUUUUUCAUAUCAAAUUUUUUUUAUCAAACUGAAGCGUAGUAAUAAACUAAAAGUAAUGGAAACAGUUUGUGAAGAAAUAGGAAUUCCGAAAGCGCAUCUAAAAGAAACUUUAAGUUCUGAUAGAUUUUUGUUAACUGUGAAUAAAAAUUGGUUGAAACUAUUAAAAUUGGACAAAAAAAUUUAUGAUUUUCCUACUUAUAAAUCUAAUGAAAGAAAAAUUUUACCUGAGCUCGGACAUCCAUGGAUAAAAACGUUUAUACAAAUAUAUAAAAAAAGUAAUCAAAAAGUUCUACCACUGCCAAAAUCGCGCAAUGAAGAAAAUUUAUUAUUGCCAAUGAAUUACUCUGAAAUAUUAAAUUAUGUUUCAUAUACAAAUUAUAAGAAUCUAUGGGAGUUAGGCUACAAAAAAUACACAGACUCUCAUGUUAAGUAUGUAAAACAAAAUCAAAAUGGACCUUGUAAGCGAACUGCUUUAGAGACGAAUAAUAAUUUAAUACAGCAUGACGUGUUACUGAAAGAUCUCAUACAAAAGGUUUUCCAAUGUCCCAUUGUUCAUUCAAAAAUAGAUCGGAUAAAAGCUACGCCCAUAACUGAGCAGUAUUUAAAUAAAGAACAACAACAAAAUGAGGAUGAAUGCCAUGAAAAUAUAUUGCCAGCUUUGGUUGCUAUUGAAACAACUACAUCUUUUCUUCUUAUCUUUUAUCCGCCUUCUGUAGAAUGUACUCUUUAUGAUUGUAUUACAUACAGUCCAGCUAUUUUAAACAAUACAUAUAAUAAGUCAAUGUUUAUUUUAUAUCAAAUUCUUCAAUUGCUGAAAACUUUACAUAAUCAAAAUAUUUUGCUAGGUGAUAUACAGCUGAAUGACAUUUAUUUACAAGAGAAUUUAUGGCUGCAAAUCAUACCUAAAUUAGAAUCGAACUUAAUUGAAUUUGAUGCUGAAAUGGAAUCAUCGGUACUAAUGGAUUCCCCACAAGAAGAAAGUCUUAAGUUCGAUUUGAAAUUUAUUUAUGAUGUAGAUAAUUUUUCUUUACGUGAAUAUUGUGAAAUGUGGUGUAACGGGCAGCUAUCAAAUUUUGAUUACUUAACCAUACUAAAUCAAGCUUCUGGUCGUAGAAUUGCUUCACCAGGGAACCAUCAUAUUAUGCCAUGGGUGACUGAUUUUUAUCAGCGUAAUGGAGCCAAUUGGAGAGAUUUAACAAAGAGCAAAUACAGAAUUAAUAAAGGCGAUGCACAUCUAGAUUUAAUUUUCGCAGCUGCGUCUGCGAUCGCUGGAGGAAUAGAGGCACAUGGAUCUGCCAGUAGCAGUACUAUAACUGGUUCAAGUUUAAAUUUAAAUGCUGUACCUCAUCAUGUUUCUGAUUUUUUAUCAGAAAUUACGUAUUUUGUUUACAUGGCAAGAAGGACACCACAAAAUGUGCUAUGCCAGCAUGUGAGACCAAUAUGGGUCCCCGCUGAAUAUCCAGUGUCAAUACAAAGGUUGCAGGAAUGGACUCCUGAUGAAUGUAUACCAGAAUUUUAUUCUGAUGCAAUGGUUUUCAAAAGUAUACACGAAGAUUUACCAGACUUGGAAGUACCGCCUUGGGCAACAUGUCCUGAAGAUUUUAUAAGCAAACAUCGGGAAGCUUUGGAAAGUCAAUAUGUAUCUGAACGUUUACAUUAUUGGAUUGAUUUGAAUUUUGGCUAUAAACUGUCUGGAAAAGCUGCAAUUAAGUCCAAAAAUGUUUGUUUAAGUCUCGUUGACAACCAUAAAAAUCUGACGCAACGAGGCAUUGUGCAACUGUUUAAUCAUCCCCAUCCUCCGAAACGUUUUCCGUCUCAGUGGUUUGGUAGAAUGGCGCCUCGAUUAUUAACUGUGGAGCAGCAAAAACGCAGGUUAGCUCGAAGCACUGACAACCUUGCAGCAAUGUCAACGAACGAACCAAAGCCUACUACCUCAAGUUCAUCUUCCCAAAGCUCCAACCAGCAACGUUAUUUUCGAGGAGAUCCUUCACCUCAUAGAAGAAUAAAUCCACAGCAAAGGUUUUCUACCCACCAAGGAUCGUCUUUAAAUUUGUCUGAAGAAAUAAAUCAUGGUAUCGAAAGAUCUGCAAGUUCUUACCAGAAUUUAUCAAAUACUGUUCAUUUACCUAAGGGUUACAACCCUUUGUCUUUACUUAAUAGUUUGGAAAAUAUGGAAACAUUUUUCUCAAAGACGUUUUUAGAUCAAAAGGCAACUAAAAAUCAGGAAGAAAAAUUGGAGCAAAACGAUAUGCUUUUUGAAGAAUCUUCUGAUAACUCUUAUACAAAUAGAAUGUUUACAGAAAGUUUCGAAAGCGCCACAAGUAAAAUACCAAAAAAUGGAAAACCAUUUGUUAUGAGUUUGGGUAGUCAAAAAGAUUUUAAACAAAUUUUUGAGGAUAGAAAAGAAAAAGAUCUCGAAAUAAUUGGAUGUAUAAUCGUUGAACUUUUCUUAAUGAAUCGACUUCGUCCUUUAACUAUGAAUAGUUCUAGUAUAUCGUUCACAAAACGCUUGAAGGCAUGUAAAGCUGUAGUAUCAAAAUUCAUUUCUGAAAUUCCAAAAAGCUUACAUUUCGCUGUUAAAUUAUUUUUAAAAUUAAACGAAAAUUCGGAUCAAGUGAUUAACGAAAAAGGUUUACCGACACCAACAGCAUCAAUGCUUCUUGAGCCUUACAUGAGCAAUUUAAUCAUACCAUUCCCAUUUAAUUAUUACAGAGUCUAUUUAUUGUUUAAAAGCCUGCACAAUUUCAAUAUCAAUUCAACAUUACUUGAUAUUUACACCCACUUUAGUUGUGAUGGCAAAAAUUGUGAUCGAUAUGCAGAUUUAGACAAGAAAAGGAUAAUAGUUAGUAGAAAAAUAGCUGAAUGUAAAGUUAAAUCAUGCUGCAAAUUAAUAGAGGGAUUACUUGAUCCGGUUGCCUAUGAACAAUUUGUACCGGUCCAAUUGUUAUUACAGGUUGUUAUAGACAUGCUUAAAGCUGAAGAAACAUCAAUUCUAGCCGCUUGGAACUUGUUUGAUCCUAUAUCGGCUGCUCUUGGAAUCAAAGAUACUCAAAAAUACUUUUUGGAGCCCAUAUUAAAACUUUAUGAUCCGGAAGCUGAAGAUCGUGCCGAAGUCUUUAACAGAAGUUUUACUAAUAGUUCAAUAAGAUUUCGAACAAGUUCUUCUUUUAAAGCAAGAAAAUCUGUAAAGCUUUACCAUCAUAGUUUUCUUUUGCGAUUAAUGGUCCGUUUUGGCUUAAAAUGUUUUCUCGAAAAUUUCAUCCCUCCAUUGAUAGAAGCUGUAGGAGGCUUUAAAGAACCAAUUGAAUCAACGGGUUAUCAUUACCAUAGCAAUAAGAUAAAUCCAUUACUUGUACAAAGUGUUCGUUCAACAAAACAUUUGAAAUUAAGUUUUAAUCCAGAUGAUAAUUCUGAUAAUUCUCUAACAUUAAUUUCACCUGAUCAUUCUGAUUUAAAAUCCGAUCCAACUAUUUCAAUUUGUGAAAAUUCGAUGCAGGCGCCAGUUUCCCAAAUAGUGCAACAACAGCAACUAGGAAAAAACGAAGUUGAAGAUGUUUUUGCUUUUGAAUCUGAAAUAAUGAUGGAUGAAAAUUGUGAUACCCGUAGCAAUAAAUCUAACAUCGAAAGUCGUUCUAUAGAUUCGUUUGAUUUGCCAUUAGGGGCGUCAAAAGCUGAAGAAGCCACAGAAGAUGUCAUAUUCUCAGCAGAAAAAUUAGCGCUUAAUGAUAUAAUAUAUGGUGGAAGGCUUUCAAAUAACUCUUUUGAUGAUGAUAAGAUAUCCUUACAUAGUCAGAAAGAUAGUCCACAGAAACUAGAUGCUUUAGGUCCCACUUCACCAACGAUUCCUAUACCAAGUACAUUCCGUCGAACUUAUGAGUUAAGUACUAUAGACUGUGAAAUCGGAAGCAAAAAAAGUGUAGAUUCUUUUGAUUUUGGGACACCUGCAGUAAAUUCUAAUACUUCGGAGAAAAUAGAUGUAGAUCACUUAGAUAAUACUGAAAGUAAUGAAAUUGAUCAAGAUAACCUUGAUGAUGAAAGUGGUACAGAUUCUUUACAGGCUUCUGUAAUUUCAAAAAGAGCUGAACUCUUAUCAGCUCAUGAUAAUAAAAUAUCUGAAAUGAGUACUGAAAGUAUCAUAUGGCUAUCACAUCGUUUAGGUCCAGUUUUAACAUCAAAAUAUUUAACAAGGAAUUUGUUAAGAAUGCUAACUCUUUGUUACACUGGGCAAGAAAAUUUAUUACCGCCUUCAGAAACGUCAAAAAAUUGUGAAGACAGCAAUAACCUAAAUUAUUUUACUGUAGUUGAUGCAAAAGUAGUUGGUGAUCGUUGCGCAGCUCGAGUUUUAGAGUGCCUUACUCAAAUAGCUGCUCUUUUUGGGGAUCAGUUUAUUUUACUGCAGUAUUUACCUCAUGUUAGCGAAUUAAUUGCUUUGUGCCGCACCAGAAUAACAGCCAGUUUAGAAGGCGCGCUAAUUAGUUCGUUGCAACUGCUCAAGUAUUUAAUUCCAUGUUUGAAUGACAGCGCUAUUAUGGAACAUUUGCAGGAUCUUAUUUUGGAUAAUAUAGUUAAUCCUGUUAUAGUCCUCCUUAGUUCAACGAAAUGCUUAAUGCCCAGUGGAUAUUUAGGAAGAUCGGUUUUAGCUCGUAAAUUGUUAGAUUCAAUUUAUGUUAUAUGUGUUCGUAUCGGAGCGGAAAUGUCUAAGGAACGUAUAUGCGCAAAUGUAUUGCAAAAAUUUUUUCUUAUUUUUGAUAAAGCUUAUGGAAUUACGGAAAACUACCAAAUUUUAGUAGAAAAUAAUGUUAAAAGUUUAAAUAAGACUAAAGAUAAUCAAUUUAGCAUUUCUCCAUACAAAAAUUAUAUUGAUGAAUCUUUGGAUGAAAUGGAAUUACAAACGCAUGAGCGUGGCUUAGAAGAAAUUCGUGAUGUUUUCAGUCCAAAUUUAGCUCAUUCUGCAUAUCUCGCUUUUUUAAGAUAUCUUGGUGAGUCAAUAAUGAACAAAACAAUUAUUAAUUUGGAAUUUAUUUUGACGUUGUGCCACGAAUUCGAACAACCAGAUUACUCAGCUGAUAUUGAUCGUCAGAAACGUCGACAAAUUUAUGGUAAUAGUCGAAAUACUUUCGGGAAUGUUAAUUCUUAUAAUGAGACCAGCAAUUCAGAAGAGUUUCAUGGUUCCCAUAGUUUUGGAACGUUUGUUGUUGGGAAUCGUAUUGAAGUUAUCAAAGCAGGUUCAGAAAAGAAUGAAGUCGGUCCAAUGGAGGUUCUUGAUAUGGUUGCUCAUAAAUUUGAUAAUAUAAGUAAUACUCGUCAUUUAAAAGGAAAUUGGCUAGCUUAUUGGAGACAUGAAAUAAGCCGAUCUGAAAAAGACAAUCAUUUGUCAAUUAAACAAAUUAAAUUACAAACUUUUUCGGGACAUACGAAUUCGGUAAGAGCAAUAACCUCAUUGGAUAAUGAAAACAGUUUUAUGACGGCCUCCAAAGAUAAAACAGUAAAACUAUGGUCUCUAAGAAGUGAAGGUGACGGAACUAAAAUAACACCAUGCCAAUUCACAUAUAAUAGUCACAAAAAAUCAGUUCAUUCAUUGGCAUUUUCAGAAGCAAUGCGUUUUGUCAUAUCUUGUGAUUCUGGUGUUCAUAUUUGGGAUCCAUUUAUUGGUCGUCCAAUCGGUGUCUUAGAUUCACAAAGAUAUAGCCCUGUCAGUAUAGUGAGAACUUAUCCAAGUCCAAGUCCAUUAGUUAUUGCUGGUACAGCAGAUUCUUCAGUUCGUAUAAUCGAUUCAAGAGUAGUAGAAUACGUUAAUGAAUGGAAAGUAACUCUUAAUCAAAGUUGUAUUGUUAGAUGUUUAGCUUGUAGUCCAAAUGGUAAUUGGAUUGGAGUGGGAUUGUCUUCAGGUAACAUUGUCCUGUUAGAUGCUAGAACCGGAGUUAUAUUGCGAUCAUGGAAGGCAACAGAAGGAGAAUUAUUAAAUUUAAUUGCAAUUAAUGAUCAACAGAUUAUAAGUAGCUGCUUGGAUUACAGUAUUUCUGUAUGGAAUGUUAAUGAAAAUUAUGUACAAUAUCACUUAAAACAACCACCUGAACCAGCUCAUUGCUUAUGUACUAAUGGAUCUGAAUUAGUUUUUGGAACACCAGCAAAUAGAAUUGGAGUUUAUUCAGAUUUAAAUGCACAUGAUUCUACUUAUAACAUUACAAAACUAAGAUCUGAAACAAUUAAAGGUGUUAUGACAAGUUUAGCUGUUUUACCUUUAAAUAGAAUGGUAUUGGCCGGUACCGAUAGUGGCAACACAAUUUUACUUUGUUAAUUGUUUACAAAGUAAAAAGUUAAUAUAAAAAUAAAAUAUUGGAGCAAUGAUAAUUAAAUAAAAUAAUGCUCAAUUUAAAUUGUAUAAAUUAAAAAAGUUUAAGUUUAUAAACUAAAAAAAAAAGGAAUAAUUAGGAAAGCAAUUUUUAAAAAAAAAAUUUUGAUAUUAUUCGGUAUUCACAAUGAGAUUUAUAUUAGAAAAAAAAACAAAAAAAAAAAACAAACUUAUUAUGGAAAAAAGACGUUCAGCACAAAAUUUUUAAGUAUUAUUAUCCAUACUGUUUAGGUGUUAUAAAAUUGGCUAUAUUAUUAAACUAGGUGUAAUAGAAUUAAGAACAUUUUUAAAGGAAAAAAUAAAUUAAAAUUAUAAAAAAAAGCGAUAAAAAACAUGACAUAUAGGUUUUAUGAUAAAAAAAUAAUUUUAAGAAGUGAUAUCAAUUUUCAAAGAUUUAUUUUUUUUUUUUUUUUAAGAAAAACAUUUUUUUAUUUAUUUUUUAAGUUUGUUGAUAUUUUAUACAAAUAUAUUUUUCUAAUUUAAAUUUUUAUUUUGUGAAAUAGUAUACCUACCUACCUACCUACCACCUACUUAAAUUUUUAAUUAAAUUAUAAUGGGAUAGAUACUUUUUUGCAUACAUAUGUAUACAUAAUUACUAUCACUAUUAACAAGAAUUAUUAUUAUAGAAAUCUAAAUUACUUUUGUAAUACGGU